CCGAGAUCGUAGGAAACACACAACCCAAAUCGGGGGUUUCUAUUCAAAGCCAGCUGGUCUGGCUUUAUCACAUGCAGGACAUUUAUUUUAGGCCAUUUGUUGGUAUUCUUUUUUAUUUAUUUGGUUAACUAUCUCUUUUGUUUUCAUUUCUUUUUUAAACUUUUGAACUUUUUUAGUUGAGCUGGGCCUUAGCUGGUGCUGCGAGGUGUAACUUCCUGGGGAAGCAGAGAAACGGCACGGGUGCCAACCUGAGACAACCUCAAGCAUUGUGAACACUGAAAGGACCUAUCUAAUGAAUCGCUGACAUACAGCAAAGAAAGCUACAGGACUGAAGGCACACGAGACGGCAAAAGAAGGAACAUUGAACGUGGUACGGAUGCUGAAAUCUUUGAGUUGAUUGGAACAAAUAGAAAGCAGAAAAAAGACAGAUAAAGGAAGAGCCGAAGAUUGAAGAGAAAGAAGAAGAAAGAGGACAGAGAAGAAAGCAUAAAGUUCUUUAGAAAGAGGAGAGAAAGAAAGAGACGGGGACGAUGGGGAGGAAAAAGAUUCAGAUCACGCGGAUUAUGGAUGAACGCAACAGACAGGUGACAUUUACAAAGCGAAAGUUUGGCCUGAUGAAGAAGGCGUAUGAGCUGAGUGUGCUGUGUGACUGUGAGAUUGCCCUGAUCAUCUUCAAUAGCACCAACAAGCUGUUCCAGUAUGCCAGCACAGACAUGGACAAGGUCCUGCUUAAAUACACCGAGUACAACGAGCCCCAUGAGAGCAGGACCAACUCCGAUAUUGUGGAGACAUUGAGAAAGAAGGGCCUAAAUGGCUGUGACAGCCCAGACCCCGACGCAGACGACUCGGUCGGCCACAGCCCCGAGUCCGAAGACAAGUACAGGAAAAUAAACGAGGACAUUGAUCUGAUGAUCAGCAGACAGAGACUUUGUCAGGCCGUGCCCCAAUCGAACUAUGACAUGUCUGUGUCCAUUCCCGUUAGCAACCAGAACAAUCUCAUUUACAGCCAUCCCGGUGGUUCCCUUGGCAACCACAACCUGUUGCCACUUGCGCACCAUGGCCUACAGAGAAACAGCAUGUCCCCCGGAGUUACACACAGACCCCCCAGUGCAGGUGGCCUCAUGGGUGCUGACCUCACCACUGGCGCAGGCACCAGUGCUGGAAAUGGAUAUGGAAAUCACCGCAACUCGCCCGGUCUGCUGGUCUCUCCUGGUGGCAUGAACAAGAACAUGCAGGCCAAGUCUCCCCCGCCCAUGAACUUAGGCAUGAACAACCGCAAACCUGACCUACGUGUGCUCAUCCCCCCUGGCGUCAAGAACAACAUGCCCUCCAUCUCUGAGGAUGUCGACCUGCUAUUGAACCAGAGAAUAAACAACUCCCAGUCUGCUCAGUCAUUGGCCACCCCAGUGGUAUCAGUAGCAACUCCAACUCUACCAGGACAAGGCAUGGGUGGUUACCCAUCUGCCAUCUCUACUUCAUACGGUACCGAGUAUUCCCUGAAUAGUGCAGACCUGUCCUCCCUGUCUGGCUUCAACAGCGGCAGCUCCCUUCACCUCGGCUCAAUGAGCGGGUGGCAACAGCAACACCUUCAGAACAUGCAGCAUUCAGCCCUCGGCCAGCUAGGAAAUUGCUCUAGCUCUCACUUAUGUCAGGGUUCAAAUCUCUCCCUGCCCUCUGCUCAAAGCCUGCACAUCAAGUCCGAACCUGUUUCUCCUCCUAGAGAUCGCACCAGCAGCACGGGGGGCUACGGUGGGGUGCCCCCCCCUCAGAACCCCUCGUCCCGCCAGGACUCGGGGCGCUCCCCCGUUGAUAGCCUGAGCAGUUGUAGCAGCUCCCAUGAGGGCAGCGACCGUGAUGAGCACAGGAAUGAGUUCCACUCACCUCUGGGACUGGCCCGGCCCUCCCUGGACGAGCGCGAGAGCCCCUCCAUCAAACGGGUGCGCAUGUCAGAAGGAUGGGCAACAUGAUAACCCUGUCCUCUCCCCGGCAAUGCCCCAAGUUGCCCUGAGCCCCCCGACAACGCAGCGUUACGAUGCCCCCACGUCAGCUCCCUCCUCUUUCUCGAUAUCACAAGUCACCCACCACCCAACCCCAUGGCCUCCCUCCUUUUAUCUAUUUAACGCUGAAGGAAAGAAAAGGGACAGCCCUUUUCUAAAAUAUGUUUGUAAUUUCUUUUCCUUUUUUCUUUUCUUUUUGCUGAGUGUGUGUGCUAUACAUAUUGACAUUAUAUAAAGCAGUGGGGUGUUGUAAUGGGGGUUUUGGGGGAGGGUCGGUAUUGGUUGGGAUGGGAUCUUGGGGUAUUUUUGUUGGGGAACUAUGCAUAAAUUGUAUUGUGUGUGGCUAAAAAGAAUCACGUAUGCAUAUAUCUUUACACGUGUGUGUAUGUGUAUAUAUAUGCAUAUCAACAAAUAAACAAAAAAAUAGUCAGGUACUCUGUUUCAUAAAACGUACUUACACUUUGCCUCAGCGAUAUAUCAGUGACUAGAAAAAAAAACAAAAAAAAACAAAUGACCUUGAGAGUGAGUGUGUCCAAUGGAAAACACCUUAGCACUUGAUUUGGACAAACAGUACAUGUGUACAGUGUUGGUUUCAUUGCUAUAUACCUUCUCUGCAGUUCUCCCUUGCAAAAAUGUGUGUUAACAUUAGAUGAUGUCAUGUUGCAGGUUCAACGUAUUUAUGUAAAUAGAGGGUCAAGGGGGGAAGGGCAGGGGUCAAAAGUUGCCAGACAUUACAAGAUUUAUUUACUCACUAAAUGAAAAGCUAUUAUGCAACAUUUGAAGGAUUGUACAGGUAAACAGGCAGACCCAAUGCUAGACGUGUGGAACCUUUGAUAAUUUUAGCGCUCCCAGUAAAGAACGGAGCUGAGUGAGGACCACCCUUUGAUCUAAGAGCUGCGUAGUGUAAUCAAGAAAACUCUGGAUCUAGUAUUAAUAUUCAGUAUUAAUAAACAAAAAAAGGAAAACAAAAUAAAAAACAAUUGUACGAUACACUUGCUUAUAUUUUCAUAUGAAAGGAAUACAAUGCAAAGCAUUUUUGUGGCUUUUUGUAGUUUCUAUAAGCCAGAAUGUGUUUUUUGAUAGCUUUGCUAAUAAGAGAUGGAUAGUUCGCCCAGAGGGGAAAUGACAGGGCUUCGCAGUCCUAAGCCAUGAAAAACAGACUGAGAUCCAAUGCUUUGCUGAACUGUUUUAUCUUUGUAGAGGUUUGUUUUUAAACGUGUAUUUCUAAUUAUAUAUAAUAAUGGUAAUAUUAAGAUUCUUUUAAAAAAAAAUCUGUGAAAUUAACAUGCUUGUGUAUAGCUUUCUAAUAUAUAAAUAUAUAUACUAAUGAUUUUUGUUGGUUUCUUAGUGGAGUUUCUAUGUGCAGUUGCACAAGUUGUCUGGUUUGUUUUAUUUGAGCCCUGGACAGUGCUGUUCAGGCAUGUAUUUAGUCUAACCUUAAAAACCAGCUGGAAAGCAUUGCCAGGGUUUUGUGUGACGGAGGUAAGACAGGCCUGAAUGCUAAAACACAACCUGUUAGUGGAAAAUGUCAUGAGACUGGGACUGGGGACGACACAGAAAUAAAUGUAGACACAUGAUGUACAUGAUUGUCAUACUGAUGAGGAAAUAUGACCGACCCUCAAUUCAUAUCUAAAUGCGUCUGAAUGCAUCAGACAUUUCAUUCUUAACUUAAUUAUCUAAUUUAAUAUAUUGAAUCUUAUAAAACAUGUUUUUAACAUUAGCAAUGUUCAGUUCCAUCUUAAGUCUUUACCACUUGUGUUUGAGAUUUUGCACAAGCCGAGAUCCAAUGUAUACAACAUUUAUUUUGAAUCAUGUAAUAUAAUUUUGCAAAGUGCAGUGUGAUUAAUUAUUCCCGAUCAUUUGCAACCUAAUUUGAUUUGGCGUCGUGACUCCUCAUGUUCCAGUCUUCAAAACAGGGUUCCACAUCAUUUACCAAAUGUCACAUAACAGCUCAGCGUCAGAUACACAAGGACAGAUUGAUCAUGCUGGUAUGAAAGAAGCACAAUUGUUUAUUUUAAAGAAAUAGCUGUUUGAUUUUCUCUUUUUUAAACAAUGAAACUAUCCACAUAUCUCUCUGCCUCCCACUCCCGUAUCUGCUGUCACUUAAGUGUUAUAAUAUUUCUGUGUGCAUAUUUCAUGCAGGUUCACUAUGUUGUUACUGUAUACAGUCUGUGUAGUCAAACAGGGGCAGAGCCUCUAUGGUGUUCUUCUCUUUUUUUUUAUUCAAUUCAAAAAGGUUGAGAAAAAAAUAAACAUGAUGUUUCAGGCAGCAUAAGUGUGGAGAAACCAAAGCCAGUGGCAUUUAUUUGUUGUAAACCCAACUUUUAUUUUCACAUUCAUUUAUGGUUUUUGCAAGCAUUGAAACAAGACAAUAAAAGAAUUUGCUCAAAUGUACAAUUGGUUUCACAUUUCAAUUUCAGCCAAUAAAAAGUAGCUUUAGAUCUUCCACCAAACACAUUGCUCAUUGGUCUCCCUGUGCAAUGAAAAGGGUUAUAUUCAAAAAGCUAUUUUGUUUAUAAAAUUUGUAAUUUACUGAGAAUCCACUGAGUCAUUUAGGCCUGAUCAUGUGAAUCGCUUGCCUGCUGUCCACUUGAUCAAAACCCACCUCGAAAAUUGUCAUGCUACUUGAUAAUGGAUUCAAAAUAUACCAACAUGUCCUGAUGGUUUAUUAGAGUACAAUCGUUUUGAGAAUAAGUUUAACCAAAGACACAGAGAAAACUUGUCUUUAUAUCUCUGUUUUUUCUUCUUUUUGUGUUUGUUAAAUUUAAAGACUUUAUUUUUCAUCACCUGUUGAUCAGUGGUUCUUUGUCAUAAUUAUAAUAGAUUAAAUGUUGGUACCUCAGACGUGACAAGAAGUACCUCAGCUGAUGUUUUGAUUCAAGGGGGAGACCAUACACCUGUACAGCCAUGUGUAAUAACCAUGUAAUAACAUUGCUUGAGGUCCCUACAAUCACAUGGGAUUCUUUGUUGCUCCACCGUGUUUGUGGUUUAUUUAAGUUGUAUUCGAAAGCUAAAAAAAACCGUUUUUUUUCUUUAAAAGGUAAUACUGUAUGUUAAAAUGCUUAAAAAGUCAGUCUGUAGUAUCAAAUGUAGCUUGUAUAAACCUGAAUAUGGGGAGGUUGGAACUAAGGUUUUCUGGAACGCAAGAGCGGCUUUUAGCGGCAUAAGCUGGCCUUUGUCGCCACUUGAGACUAAGAUGGUAUUAAAUUAAAUCCACAUCUCUGUAACUCAAGGGACUUGAUUCAGCUGUAUGUAGUAUGGGGAUGGAAAAAAAAAAUCUCCUCUGCUGGAGGGAAAGGCUAUUUGUAUUUUGCAGAGAUUUCAGUAAAGUUACUGGCUUUCUUAGUUA